UGUUUUCCAGACUGAGUGUCCGGAACAAACCGGGACCUGAACCUGAGGAAUGUGGAGAGAACUUCUGAUCGGAACCAUCCAGCAACAAGAUUUAAUCAUUAGUCAGAUAUCCGUGGACCUUCCAUGUGAUUAAUGUGAUUUUUAUUAAAACCCUGCAUCUGCAGCAGGAAGUUCGGACCACUGCUGUUCUGAUCUGGGAUCAGAUCUGCUGUGAGGCGGAGUCAGCCAACUCUCCCAAAGCGCUCCACUGAUCCGGAUCUCAGUCCGGUCCAGACUUCAUCAAAGCGCCAUGAAGUCCCGCAGCCUCUCCUUGGUCCUGGUCCCCCUGCUGUUCCUCCUCCCGGUUCUGAGGGCCGGUCCCGGCUGCGCUCCCUGUGACCCGGCCCAGUGCGCUCCUCUCCCGGCGGAGGGAUGUCCCGCCGGCUCCCUGCGGGACAUCUGCGGCUGCUGCGCGGUCUGCGCCGCGGCGGAGGGAGAGCUGUGCGGCGGCCGCCGCGCGGCAGCGCGCCGCUGCGGCUCCGGGCUGGAGUGCGUCAGAAGCGACGAUGACAAGAAGAGCAAGACCGGCGUGUGCGCCUGCAAGAGCGCCUACGAAGUGUGCGGAACCGACGGAACCACGUACAGGAACGGCUGCGCGCUGAAGACCGCGAGCAUGGCAGCGCAGAAGGAGGGCGGAGAGGCCAUCAGCAUCCAGAACAAAGGCCGCUGCGCCUCAGCUCCCAUCAUCGUCACUCCUCCGGGUCAGGUGUACAACGUCAGCGGCUCCCAGGUGUACCUGAGCUGUGAGGCUGUGGGUGUGCCCACACCUGUCCUCACCUGGAGGAAGGUCCUUGGUGGAAAGAGAAAGGCGGAGCUGCUUCCUGGAGAUCGAGACAACCUGGCGAUCCAGACCAGAGGAGGACCUGAGAAACAUCAAGUAACAGGCUGGGUUCUGAUCUCCCCGCUGACUGAAGAAGAAGCAGGAUCAUACGAGUGUCACGCCACCAACUCCAAAGGGGACGCGUCGGCCACCGGGGCGAUCCACCUGGUGGAUUCCAUCGAUGACAUCAUCGUCAAGACAGGGAUGAAGGAGGACGAGCUGUGAUCAGCGGAUCAGACGACGGAAGCAAAAUAUCAACACUUUUCUGUUUCUUUUCCUCUAAAGUACCUUUGAACUUAUUAGAAAUUUUAAGUUCAGUUGUCUCUGAAUAUAAACUCUGAAUCAUUUAUUAAUGUUUUCUUUCUAAGACUGUUAUUUUGAAGGGCGAUGGCUCAGCCUGUUAAGGGGACAUUAUGUGUUUAAAGGGUUAUGUUCUGUAUUCUAGCCUCCAGAGCUUUUCUCUCCAGCACAACUUUAUUGAUGAAAACAAAAUAAAAAAAAACCUUUUCCAUCAUGAUGAUUUUCUCUAAGAGCUGCAGCGAAAACUAAGGGUUCAACUUAAACUUUUCUUUCCCCUCGAUGUAAAAACUAAAGUCAAUAAAUCACAUUAUGACCAAAGCAAA